UCCAAAUAUCCAAUCGGCAAAGAAGUCUGCCGGUCUCAGUCUGCGUGCAGCUGCCGCUCAGAAAGGCGAAGAAGGCAUGUCGUACACUAAGUUUGUAGCACCCUUGGUCAGGGCAAACUCCGGCAGCAUCCGAAAACUGCGGAUUUCGCCUGCGAGAUGCCGCUCAACAGUCGCAUCCACCAAAACUCGAGAAGAGAAGGAGCAGCAGCAGCAGCAGAAGACGAAUGGCUGCACCGUGGUAGAGGCUGCGCCGGUUGAACUCAUCAGCCAGUCUAGAAAAGCUACCAAAGCUCCGCUGAGUAAAACCCACAUCGACUUCGAAAACACACAGGAAGCCUAUAAGAGCAAAGGUAAUAUUGAGCUGCUCCGGAGUCUGUUGGUCUUCAAGCUGUGUACGUUUGACAUCCUGGUUGACAAGAACAAAGAGCUGAUGGAUCUGAGCAGGAAGCUGUUUGGACAGUGGAUGUUUGAGAAGCUGAUGAAGAUGACCUUCUAUGGGCAGUUUGUGGCAGGGGAAGACCACAACUCCAUCAAACCGUUAAUUCGGAAAAAUGAGGCCUUUGGUGUGGGGGCAGUUUUGGACUACAGCGUGGAAGAAGACCUGACACAAGAGGAAGCGGAGAAGAAGGAGAUGGAUUCAUGUGUUUCUGAGGCAGAGAAAGAAAGUCCAGGUGCGGAUCAUCGUGAGAAGAAGUACAAGGCCCAUCGUCAGUUUGGAGACAGGCGCGGGGGAGUUAUCAGUGCACGAACUUACUUCUAUGCAGAUGAGGCCAAAUGUGAUAUGCAAAUGGAGACAUUCAUAAACUGCAUUAAAGCUUCUGGUGGAGCUUCUAAUGAUGGAUUUUCUGCUAUCAAAAUGACUGCACUGGGUCGUCCACAGUUCCUUCUCCAGUUUUCCGAAGUCCUGGUUAAAUGGAGACGGUUUUUUAACUUCCUGUCGGCGCAACAGGGAAAAUCUCAAAUGACGGUUUUAGAACAGAAACUGGAGCUGGAGCAGCUCAAGGAAAGUUUGACUGAGCUGGGUGUUGGAGCCAAAGAUGACAUAGAGAAUUGGUUUACUGGAGAGAAGCUGGGCCUGUCUGGAACAAUUGAUCUGUUGGACUGGAACAGUUUAAUAAACGACACAACAAAGAUUUCAAAUCUGCUUAUGGUGCCAAACCUUCAGACCGGCCAUCUGGAGCCUUUGCUGAAUAUAUUUACCGAAGAAGAAGAGAGGCAGAUGAAGAGAAUGCUGCAGAGAGUGGAUAUUCUGGCCAAGCAUGCUGUAGAGAACGGGGUGAGGCUAAUGGUGGAUGCCGAGCAGACGUACUUCCAACCAGCUAUCAGUCGCCUGACCCUGGAAAUGCAGAGGAAAUUCAACAGAGAAAAGCCAGUCAUUUUCAACACCUACCAGUGUUACCUCAAGGAAGCCUACGACAACGUGACCUUGGAUGUUGAGCUGUCUCGGCGGGAGGGUUGGUACUUUGGUGCCAAACUUGUUCGCGGAGCCUACAUGUACCAAGAGAGAGCCAGGGCGAAGGAAAUUGGAUAUGAGGAUCCAAUAAACCCAGACUAUGAGGCCACUAACAGGAUGUAUCAUAAGUGUUUGGAGUAUGUGCUGGAGGAGAUUGAACACAGCAGGAAAGCAAAUGUCAUGGUUGCAACUCACAAUGAGGACACAGUGAAGUUCACCCUCGAUAAGAUGAAUGAAAUGGGCCUGUCACCCACUGAGAAUAAAGUUUACUUUGGACAGCUGCUGGGGAUGUGUGACCAGAUCAGCUUCCCACUAGGCCAAGCAGGUUUUCCAGUCUACAAAUACGUUCCAUACGGCCCUGUCAAUGAAGUAAUCCCCUACCUGUCCCGCCGUGCUCAAGAGAACCGCGGGAUCAUGAAGAGAUCCCAGAGAGAGAGGAGCCUGCUGUGGAAGGAGCUCAGGCGCAGACUGCUGGCUGGUCAGAUUAUCUACAAGCCUGUUUACUAAAUCACAUUUGCAGACAAUAUGCAAAAUAUUUCUGGGCAUUCCACCCUUCUUGGUGUACCUCUGUGUUAGCUGCUCUUUGUAGCUGGGACUUGUCUUUCCUGGUUCACUAGAGGACAGAGCAAAGACUGUUUUUCAGCUUUACUGACAAAUAUUUUAAAUAUUUAAGUAUUCAUGCAAUACAGUAGUGCUGAAAUAUUGCAGCAGAAGAUGUUAGGUCACAUUAAAAUGUGAUUUUAGUAUUUGUUUAACUUUUAAACUGGCCUUGAUAAUUCUUAAAAUCAGCAUACAUCUAAAAACUUUUUAAAAAUAACUUAAUGUGUGUGUAUUUCUAAAUGGUGGUCCUCCCUGAUAGACUACAUUGAAUUAUUCAGUGGAAGAUAAGAAAAAAUGCUUUUAAAAAUUGUACUCUUUGCAUGUUGUGGUAAGUAUUGUGUUGAGUUAAAAGAUACAAGUGCCUUAUGGUUAUUUUUUUCUUACUGUACACCACUCCAAAGGGUAAACCUUUUUAAUUAGGGAUUAUGUGUGAAAACAUAAUUACUUUGCAUUAUAGCAACUUUAAUUGUAUUAAAACUGCAUACAUCUGUAGUCACGUUUGUGGUUUUUAAUCAUAAUCAGUUCUAUAAAAUUGUAAACAAUAGAUUUUGCAUCCCGGGAAAGAUGAUCCCUGUUUCAGUCUCUCAUGUCCACUCCACAAAAGAGGAACGGCAGAUCAAAUGGAAUUAUUGCUGCAGAUGCCUGCAGGCGAGAUAACUACCUAGUCUUUUGAAGCACAUGUUUGCAGGAGCAAACCUUCAUUUCGCCUCUGAUAAAACAAACAGCAAACAGAGAGACUCGGUGUGAUCCAUUUGAGGAGUUAUUAAUGUUUUGAUGCUUCAGUUGUUGACAUCCGCCAGAUGGCCUAAUUUUCACAAUCGGUGAAAUCGACGGCAUGCUCUGAUCCAUGAACGGUGACAGAUGUUCAAAGCAGAAACACGGGGACUGUUGUGACCUAUGUUUCAAAAUGUUAAAAAAAAUCAUGCCGUAGAUAAUUUAGCAGUUUUUAGGUAGCUUUCAUUCAAGUACUACAAGAACAAUUGCACUAUUAUAUAAUAUAAGCUGUGGGCGAGGUGAAAUGGCAUGUGGCUUUUGUGAUCAUGGAGAAGAAUUUUACAAAGAGGUGUUGUUGUGAGCAUCUUUGAAUGAUUUGUGUUACCUUUAAUUUGUCACCCAUACAGUUUAUUGUAUAUGUAGAUGUCAAUUUCUGAUGAGAGAUGUUGUCUUGUGUCUUCUCUUUUAUUUUCUUGUUUUAUUUCGUCAUCACUGCUGUAUCAAGAUAUUAUGUACUUGUGUAAAUAUAUGUAAAUAAAUAAAAUAGUUAAUUUUAAAGAAAAAGAACAAGAAA